GCUCACGCCUGAAGAGUUCCGUCGGCAUCUCAAGAAGAGGAUGUCUGGCGCUCCUGGCGCUGACGGGUGGAAGCCGGAGGAGCUUGCCUCCUUUCCGCAGGAUACUUGGCGCACUUUUCUUGGCUUGUGGGAAGAUUGGUGCACGCGCAAAGUUUUCCCCGACAACCUGCAGCACUCCAAGCAAGUCUUUCUUCCUAAAGAAGAGGUCCUUUCCGACGUCACGCCUGUUGAUAAGCUUCGGCCGAUCUGCAUUCAGCCGGUUCUGUGUCGUGUCCUGGCCAGCUGCAUGGCGGAGCGCGCCCAAGCUUGGAUCCUUGCGAAGGUGUCUGCUGACACUCACGGUGCGCUCAAGGGCCGCGGCGUUGAGGCAGGUGUUCUCUCCUUGGACGCUGCCCUGUCUCGUGAUGACAUACUCAUGAGUUUGGACGCCUAUAAGUGCUUCGAUUUCAUGUCACCGGAGCUUUCAGUCGGGUUGCUUGAACACGAAGGUAUGCACCCACAAUGGGCGCAACACCUGAGUCACAUGUGGGGGUGUCAACACAGAUGGCUGCAGUUCAGUGGCGCCACUGAUGCCUGCCCGUCCGUGGUUAGCAACUCUGUCCCGCAGGGUUGUGCCAUGGCGCCGAUGGCGCUGGUUUGUAUGCUCUUGGAGGCCACCAGGGCUGUGCAGGCCUCUGCUGCCGGGGCUAAGCUGCAACAGUCGGUUUUCGUUGAUGAUCGCACGCUUGUUGCCUCUGAUCCUACCGUCGCGCUUGGGGCUUGGACUUGUUGGGGCCAGUGGUGCGGCAGACUCGGUCUCAAGGAAAAUUUGAAGAAACUUGCGGUUGUCUGCAGAGUUCCGUGGAAGCGCAGAGUGCUUGUACAAGGGGGCAUCCCGGUGAGGAGCUUCACGGAUUCGACGAGAGUCCUCGGAGUUGAUUUUGACGUGGGGGAGGCCGGGCUUGGUGUUCCCACGCAUGAUGCGCGUGUUGUCAAAGCUGAGCGGGUGUUGCAGCGACUUGCCCGUGCUCCGCUUGGGGCCCGUCUGAAACGCUUGUUGUUUCGCACGCGUGCUUCGCCUCUCCUUGCGUGGGGAGUGUGGUUCCACAGUGACAACAAAAAGGAAGAUGCGAAGCUGACCACUCGGAUCAAGAGGCUUCUUGGUCGGGUGACUACCAUGGGCUCGCGUGAUCUGUGGAUGUUGCUUGAAGGGCCUUGGGUUUCUAGUUGCUUUGCGGCUGGGACCUCCGCUGUUGCUGGCCUUGUGCGGGCCCGUGAGUACUGGAUUACUCGUGGCGUUGUGCUGCCAGGUGCACGUUGGCAGAAGCGGGUCGACAAGUUCCUGACCGCGAGUGAUUUUCAACAGGCCCUGCCGGGGCAAUGGGUGCAUCCGGGUGUGGGCGUCAUUGACAUCACAGGCGCUCAGCCGAGGGCGCAACUUGGUCGUGCGCUGCAUCUUCUCCGCGAGGCUUACAGGUUAAGGCCGCUGCUGCGCUGUAUGCGCGUUCAUGCACGCAUGGACGUGCGGUGCUCCAUGGUGGUGCUGUUAGUUCGGCUGUGUUUGGCGCCAUUAAGGAUGGAGCCGCCAUGGCUGGAUGUCCUUGGUGUGAUCGUCAGCAGGUUCCUACGUGGGACCACCUCUGCUGGGAGUGCUCGUACUUUUCCGACGGCCGCCCUGGUGUACCGCAACACCCUCUCGGGCGCCGACUUGGAUGGCCUGGUGGUCAGGGAGAUC